UUAUGUACAUGAAGAUUUAAUUUUAUUUAUACCACAACAAAGCGCGUCUUUCCACAAAAUCUUGUUACACAAAUUUAAAAAAUAACCCUGCUGCGAUUUUAUUUGUGAAUACUUUCAUUCCCAAAAAAAUUGAAGAAAAUUGGAAUAGCGUGCCAACGUGGCAUCGGAAUUUCAAAAAUAAAUUAUCAUUUCUAAUAAUUGAUGAAACAUCAAGGAACGCGCGGUAAAUGACUCGCCCUGCGAAAUUUGUAAUAUCUCAUUAAAAAGUAUUUUGAAAAAACUACGAAUAGGUAAUAAUAAAAAAAUUAGAAUACUCUGAAAGUGAGGGAAACUCUGGACAUGCACAUUUAGAAAAGCAGCGAUAUAGAACAAAAAAAUAACAAAAAUGAUAAGUACAUAUCAGCAUUUUUUUAAUUUUGUAAUUAUUGGAUAUAUUCUUCCCAUUAACAGAAGAUAAAAAGUACAGUAACGUAUUGUUUACGUGAAAUUUAGAAAUAGUAAGUUCAACAUGCAUGUUUUGAUUUCAUUUUAAAAUAAUUCACUUACAAUUUUAUGUUAUACAAAGUGUCAAACGAUAACACAAGCUGCAUUAUCACGUCAAAACAAACCAACAAUUAUUAAGAAGUUGGGGCCAUAGUUUGCUCCAAUCCGAAUUAAAAUACGCUUUUGAGGAUCUAUUAACGCAGGGUCAGAAAGAGUACUAACGGCAAAAUUGGCAAGGUCGAUAACAGCACAUUUGCGACCCCAACUUCUUAAGGAUGAUUUCUUGCUUGAUUUGAAGUGAUACAGCUUGCGUUAACGUUUGGCAAUUCAAACCUGCCAUCCUGUAUAAAAGUAAAAAAUACGCAACUCCUAAAAAAACGGUGUAUAUUCAAAUUGUUCCCUGAAAACAGUUUUUAAUUAAUCUCUUUGAAGUCACAAUUUUUCAACACUAGAUUAUAUUUUGAUUAAAGUGCAACACUUCAAGUCAAAGUUUCAGUAUUUAUUUUUGUCGUAGUUAUUGUACGAAAUUCUCGAAGGGGGAAUGUAAAGAUCCGAUGUGCAAUUUAAAGCAUCCCUAUAAGUUCUGUCGGGACUUUCAAAUGGAGAGAUGUCAUAGAGAGUACUGUCGAUACCUUCAUGUGUCCUCAAAAGAUGAAAUCCAGUACAGAGAAACGCUAUAUCAAAGCGACACCAUGAGGUACGAGACGUUGAGAACAUUACAAAUUUCGGGCAUUUGUCAAGAAUUUAAACAAUUCGGCAACUGUAAAUACGGAAGCAAAUGCAAAUUUACUCAUAGGACAAUAGAGGAACAAGAAAAUGAUAAGUUUAUUUGUCCAGUCUGUUUCUCCGAAAUAAGCAUGACCUCUUGGUGCAUUUUGAACCCUUGUAUGCAUAGUACUUGCGAAGGUUGUUUAAGAGAAUUGAUUGCACGUGAUAUGCCUCAAUGCCCUGUAUGCAGAGGCCAAAUAGAGGAGGGAAGUUGUCCACUUUCUUUUAUUGGUACUUUUUUUUUUAAUUUUUCGUCUUUGACUCCAAUUUAAUCGAUCAGCUUCAGUAGCUCAUCGGUUCGAUCCGCUGAAAUUUUAUGUGCUAUAUGAUCUCGUUUUUAGAAUUUUAACACCCACUCCCUGCAGAGAGUUCUUAAUGAAGAGAUGUAGAAGGGUUCAGUGCAAAUACCGCCAUGAAUUUAUUAUAUGUAACAAGAUCCAAUGUUUGGGCAGUUUAAAGUGCAUCAUGGUACAUAAUUUAACUCCGCAGGAAAUAGAGCAGGUUGAAAGUGAGGAGAUGCCUUUUUCACAAAAUAUUAAUAUCGAACUGCGUCGGCUAGCCUAUGUUAUAACAAAUAGUUAUAAAGCAGAUAUCCAGAAUCAUAUGUGUACAAGGGAGCUCACAAGAACAGAAACUUGUAUAAGAAAAACAUGUGUAGUCUGUAAGCCUCAAGAAAACUAUCCGUUGCCCCUCAUGAGAAAAAUUGUAUGCCACUCCUGUAGAUUGCCAUUGUUGCCCAGUAAGUCUUUCUACUUAGUCACAUGCGGGCAUGUUAUUUGUGAACAAUGCUUAUCUCAUGCCAGAGUGGUGGUCUUAGAAGAGGACGACACAGUUUUAUAUUUCUGCCCUGAUCCCUUGUGCGCUUCAAUGACUGAAGUCAAAAGAUUGCAUUGAAAAAAAAAACGUCUUACCCAUCACCUGACAUAUUCAGAGGGAACUCCUAAAAUCUUUCAAAUAUGGCAUAAAACACUCAAAAAAAGGAUGCUGGACAAUGUUAUAAUGAGUAGUUCAGAUCUGAAUGUUUUGAAAUUGGCAAAACAACAUUUAGAGGACACAGAAUGUUGGCAAGUUGAUUUGGUGCGACCAAUAGAAGAGAUCGUUUUUGAAUACGUACCCUGCAGCCGAUACGAGAUAAGUGACAGCGACGAAGAACCUUUCCAAAGUAAUGCUACCGACGAAGAAUAUGAGCCAACUUCUGAAGUGUCAGAAGAAAGCGAUGAAAAUGGCGAAACAUCUGAGCACACGAAGUCUCAGUUACAGACUUGCAAGAAAAGAUUGUUUGAAGGAGAAGGACAAAGUUCAAGUAGUUCUUCAAUGCCCACUACCUCGAACCGCAAUGAAGACUUUGACUUGAUGUUUACGCCAUUGGUUUCGCCUGUUGAAGAAUCAAACUGCAGGAUUUCCGCUCAUUUGACCAUUUAUAUAAAGAAAUGUUUCGUUUCAAUGAAGAUACACACCGUUUUACAUGAAGGGCAUUACGUUUGUGAUGCUUGCAGUGGAGAUGACAAUACCAUCAGCGGAUUUUUGUAUUCUGGUUUGCCCGCGACAGACCAUAAAUGUAAUAAACUUUCCGACAAAAACAGAACACUUGUGCUGCUGUCUAGAAAUUUUGGCGAACGUGAAAUCCAAGUGAAAGUUCGUUACUGUCUCCCCGUCGGAAAAUUAAUAGGGGAGGAACUGCCGAUUGAAGAGGAACGUAAGUUCAUAACACCGUUAAUUAUGGAUUGUGGUUCUUCUGCCCUAGUAAACCCAUUAACGUCAAAAACCAAAGGAAAACGCCAUUGUUGUUAUUUCUGUGAACAGUUUUUUGUUGAAAUGUCUUCACAUAUUCUUCGAAAACACAAAGAUCAGGAAGAAGUGAAAAAUAUUAUGACUAUGAAAGCUAAUAGUGUGGAACGGAAUGCUGCGUUACGAGAGAUCAGGCGAAAGGGUGAUUAUAAUUUUAACAAAAAUGCCACCUGUGAGGAAAAAAUUGCUAUAAGGAGAGUAGUGACAGGACAAGCCUCCAAUUUAAUUACUUGCCCAAAUUGUUUUGGUGAAAUAAUGACCAGAAACUUUGCUCGACAUGAACGCAAAUGUACUGGACGGCCACCAAAUAGAAGAAAUGUGCUUAAAGAAGCUCGCUUUAAGAUUAUCCAGAAGGAAUUUACAGCGAAUUCUUUCAGUCAGAAACUUUUUCUCGCUUUCUUAGAGCCUGUUCAAGUUGGGCUAAUUCUACACGAGAUAUUAGAAGAUAAAUGUUUGAAACUUGUUGCUGAAAGAUAUUCCUUAAUGCAUCGUGGUUCAUACAGCGCAUUAAAGAACGAUCGCCAACAUUUGCGUAGAAUGGCACGAUUGAUUUUAGAUGUUAAAGACAUAAACCCCUCCAUUCUGGAUUUUGAAGAUCUGAUACUCUAUGGAGGUUAUGAUGCCUUACUAGAGGGAGUUUUCAAUUUGUGUUCACUUGACAAGGAAACAGGCGAGUUUGGAAAGCCAAGUCUGGCAAAAGCUUUACGAUCGAGUAUUACAUUUCUUUUAGACGCACUUAACGUUGAUUAUUUAACUCAUAAUCUUCCCACACAAUGUGAAGAGCGUGGCCGUUUCGACAAUUUCAAAACUCUCCAUGAUAAAAACUAUGGAAUCUAUGUUGGCAGGUCAGCUGGUCGAACCAGCUUGCAAAGAAAAGCAGCCAAAUUACAUAAUUUACCAAAGGCAAAGGACGUUAAAUUAUUUUCCACAUUGAUAGUUUCUGAAGCGGAGCAGGCGUAUCAACGGUUACAGGACGGUUUCGAUUUCGACACAUGGCUAAAAUUAGGAAAGGCUGCGUUGGCAAGAGUUAUUGUGUACAAUAGACGUAGAGUCAGUGAAGUUGCAAGUAUGUCGUUGGAAUUGUAUAACAAAAAAAUCGAACUUGAUGAUGAAAUACUUCAAUCCCUUCCAAUGUAUCAACGGGAGUUAGCGAAUAAAUACAAAGUUAUGACUUUGAUUGGAAAGCGUCUACAUAUAUUACAUGUGCUGUUGGACGAAAAUCAAUGCAGGUAUCUAGAUAUGUUUCUCCAAUAUCGAAAAGAAGCUGGUGUUCCCUAUUCAAACAAUUACCUUUUUGGUAUACCUACGAGAGCGAUGUUUAUCGAUGCUUCAGUUGUUUUAAGAGAUUACUCAGAGAAAUGUGGUGCUGAAGAACCGCAUCUUUUACGUUCCACUUAUUUAAGAAAACAAGUCGCAACCCUUUCCCAAUUGUUAACAAUGAAUGACAAUGAAAUCGGUCAGAUUGCAAAAUUGAUGGGUCAUAGUCAGAAAGUCCAUGAACAAGUAUAUCGACAAGACGAACUUUUAUUUCAACUAACAGGGUGGGCAAAAUUUUUGACUAUCGUAGAUGGAGAAGAACUCUUUUCAUACAGAGGUAAAAGUCUCGACGAAAUACUCACUAUUGCACAAGAUUUACCAGUACCUGAAGAGGAUCCGGCGUUAGACGAUCAUAUUACCUCUGAAGAAUUAUUAGGAGACAAUCUCAGUUUGGAUUCGUUUGAAACUACCUGUUCAACAGAAAGUACAAUCAACAGAAUGGAAACGAACCUCAUGCAGGAGGUAUCAACAGACACUCAAGUCUCACAAUCAGGUGUGAUAGAAUGUUAUACUACAGACAAUAUUACUGAAGUGCCUUCGGAUCGUCGAAAGUGUGACAAAGUUACACAUACUACACAAGAAGCGCUUUCUGAAAAAGUAGGGGCGAGAGCCAGUACUGAAGACCGGAGGAUUGAAACACCAAAGAAAAAAAUAUCGAGUCACAGGGGAACUUUGAACACGAAGUCACCAAAAUCGCAGAAAUCACCAAGAAAAACGACAAUCGCGGAGAUAAAGCAGAAAUUGCAAAUAACUCCUGUAAAGAGAAGAGGAAAGAAACCAUUCACCUCAGAGCAAAUGUCUUUAAUGCAGAGACAUUUUUCGCAAUACAUAUCCAGGGGUCAUUUGGCACCACCGAAGCUGUGUGCAGAAUUUGUUGAAACGAACCAGCUCUUCUCUGAUCGCAGUGGUCGAGACGUGUACAACUGGAUCCAGUAUCAGAGAACUAAGCGAAGAUGAAACUAGUGGAUCAGCUGUCUCUUUUGUUUUUUUUUUGUUUUGUUUACAAGUUGUGAUAAUUUUUGAUAUUUUUGUAAUUUUAAACACUGACUUUACAUGUUAAUAUUGUAUUAAAUUUUAUAAUAUAAUAAAAAAUGUCUUAAAUUCA